AUGUUCUUUUACAUGAGUAAAAGAAUAAAAAGCAUGACACCAAGUUCUUUGUCCCCGCAUUACGCGGCUCAAUCUCCUUCAGGACGUAAACCUGACUUGGUAGCGAAGGAGAUGCUGGAAUGGUGGCAAACCAACGGAAAGCACCCGUUCAUCCAGCCCCACAUCUCGUCACCGAGUAAUGUGGGUGCGAACUCGCCAGAGAACUUACCACUAGGUGAUAAGGUCCAGCUCAUUCGACUACCAGUAGCUUCACCGUCAGCCGUUAAAGAGUUCAGUCAGGUUAGCAGUGAAGAGCCAGCACAUCUCACCACAGGUUACUCUAAAUUGGUCUGUGCACUUCUUGUUCAAGAGCACAAUAGAAAGUGCUUCAUUUUGCUUAUACAAGUAGGCACAAAAGGGGCCCAAAAGCUACUAGGAAAUAAGCCCAUAUAUAUUGUAAAGCAAUAUUCAGCAAUAAUCAAUUUACUCACAAUAUUUGUGAAUUGCAGAAAAGUAUUUACGAUUAACGUCGUUUUGUACUACAUAAAGGAUAGAGUGCUUUGCAUUGAUCGCAAAAAUAUGGUGAUUUCUAAAAGUGUUCAAGCUGUUUAUAAGUCAUCUCAAUUUGGUAAAGCUUACUAA